UACCUCUGCUUCGCGCCCCGCCCCCGCCUCCGCCGCUGCCUCCGCCUCCGCCUCCUCCUCUAUCUCCCGCCGUCUCUGCCGCCCCUCCCCGGCCCCGGGAGCGGCCGCGGAGCCGCCACCCAGACCCUGUCGCACGGGAGGCGGGAUCCGCACGAAAUAAAUCAUAAUGAGUUAUGCAGAAAAGCCCGAUGAAAUAACCAAAGAUGAAUGGAUGGAAAAGCUCAAUAACUUACAUGUUCAACGAGCAGACAUGAACCGACUCAUCAUGAACUACCUAGUCACAGUGAAGAUAGUUUUCUUUUCAGAGGGCUUUAAGGAAGCAGCAGAGAAAUUUCGGAUGGAGUCUGGGAUUGAACCAAGUGUGGACCUAGAAACACUUGAUGAGCGAAUCAAGAUUCGGGAGAUGAUUCUGAAGGGUCAGAUCCAGGAGGCCAUUGCCUUGAUAAACAGCCUCCACCCAGAGCUCCUAGACACAAACCGGUAUCUUUACUUCCACCUUCAGCAACAACACUUGAUUGAGCUUAUCCGUCAGCGUGAGACAGAAGCAGCAUUGGAAUUUGCCCAGACGCAACUGGCAGAGCAGGGUGAAGAAAGCAGAGAAUGCCUCACAGAAAUGGAGCGUACAUUGGCCUUGCUGGCCUUCGAUAGCCCUGAGGAGUCGCCUUUUGGAGACCUCCUCCACAUGAUGCAGAGGCAAAAGGUGUGGAGUGAAGUUAACCAGGCUGUUCUGGAUUAUGAGAAUCGAGAGUCCACACCCAAGCUGGCAAAAUUACUGAAACUGCUACUUUGGGCUCAGAAUGAGCUAGACCAGAAGAAAGUAAAAUAUCCCAAAAUGACAGACCUCAGCAAAGGAUUCUGUUGUUGUUGGGAUGGAAUGAAGUGUCUUCCAGCUCUCUGCUUCUACUGCAGAGGGCAGGUGCUUUGGCAGUAUUCACCUUAGGAUCACGUUAGUGACAGACUCAAGGAUGAAGUUGUUGCUGUCGUUAUGACCCUCUACUGCUCUUCUGGUCUGUGAGUAAGGAGUGAGCAGACCUCUCCUUACCUCCUGGACAGGCUGCUUUCAACAUCAUCGUGAGAUGUAGCUUUCCAUCUGGUUUAAGGAUAAGAAUAAGGUAGAGGAGUUUCUGGAGAGAUGGGUGUUUGGUUAAGAAGACAUGAUGAAUAAUCAUGAAGACUGGAGUCCAGCACCCACAUAAGUCAGGCAUCCCCCAAAUUCCUGUAACUUCAGUUCCAAGGAAUCUGAUGUCUUCUUUGGCCUCUACAUACACAUAGGCAGGCAGGCAGGCAAGCACUGGUAUACACACACACAGUACUUUUUUAAAGGCAGAGAGAAAGGAAGUUUUAAUUUUCAGGUAGCUAAUAGAUUAAAUGAAGCAGAAGUUGGGGGGGUUAUCAAUAAAGAUACAGUGUUUGUUUUAAAGCACCAUAUAAAGCCAGGUGUGGCUCUUGCCUGUCAUUCACGAGGAAAGGUUUUUCCAGUCCAGCCUAGGCUAUAUCAUGUAUAAGAUCUUAAAACAAACAAAAAAAAAAGCACCAAAUAGCCAGCAUAUUUGUAUCUUUUAUUAAUAUAUACGUGUGUGUGUGUGUGUGUGUGUGUGUGUGUGUGUGUGUGUAUGAUCACUUGUAUAGCUAAUCAGUUUGACAUGUUCUUAAAAUUAGAGGGCAUGAGAUGUGUAGUAAAGGGAGGUCUUCUAUGUGGGGAUUAUCCACAGGAGGCUUGUUGCAUGUGGGAGGUCCUCUCUGUAGGGACUAUCCACAAAUACACAGGAGGCUUGUUGCAUGCAUAAAAUGUUCAGUGGCUAUAAGACAAGCAGUUGACAACUUACUAACACUUCAGUCAGUAGCCUAGUCAGCCAGUGCCACAGAGGACAGUGACUCUGGAGAAUGUCAAAUAGAACUGCUUGCUUAUCCUCGAUCUGUUAGUGCCUAGAAACCCCCUUCCAAGGAUUUCCAUGUAGACUUUUCCUGUUGCAGCAAAGUAGCUUUAUUUCCUUUUGCACCUUUUGGUGGAAAGUGCCUUGAAAUAAAUGAGACAAGACUAUUCUGGUGCUCUGCUCCGACAUCGUAGAGCUGCGCAGGGAGUGACCAAGUUUGACGUUGUCUAAAGCGUGGUAAUUAUUGCAUACUAAAGAUGAGAAUUUGUUUUGUCACUUGAAUUAUGGUUUGAGUUUGGCGUUUGAGACACCCCCCCAUAGUGUAUGUAGUUGAAGACUUUGUAUAGUGACUUUGAGGUGGGGCCUGUGGACCUGAGGUGGGCAGUAUGUUGUCUUUAUUUUCUUUUGUGCUAUUAGUUCUAGAGAGGAGAAACCAAGAGAGUCCUUCCAGGAUUCUUACAUGUUCCAUGAUAAAGGCACUGAUGUGAUCAAGAGAAUGAAGUGGGAUUCCCUUCCAGGUUAUUGCUCUCCAAUCUCAGAACAAAUAAAAGAUCAAAUUCCAAAUGUCAGGUUAACAGAACAGUGUGUCUACACCCCUGCGUUUCAACAUGCUGAAUUGUAUACAGGGGACACCAUGCAGGGGUACAGCCUGCUCACCAGCCUUCGCUCACUGCUGCUCUGUUGACAUGUAUUGUUCUGACACCAUGCAUAUUUUUUUUGUUUCACAAGCGUUGCUUUUUUCAGAUGCUUAAUUAAGCUGCAUUACCAGCAGGGCAUGCAGAGUCUGUAUGGAUCCUUAGUUCGCUGGAGUACUCAUGUGCAUACGUCAUUGUAACUCUUCAUUCGGGAGCAUUUAUGCCCCUGCCACAUACAUCUGAGAAGUACAGAUCGGGUAGCUUCUGGUGCCUGCUGUGAAUUUGUUAGUAAAACUUUUCAUGUUUUUCUCAGAAUGGUUGUCUGAAGCUCUUUUCCCGUUCCUUCCCUGAAGAAGUACCUACACACACAAGAGAAGAGAAUCUCCGACCACGCUUGUCAGGGUGUUAGAGCUGGAAGCCUGAGGACAUGUAACUGCAUGCUGGCUGUGCUCUGUUCUCAUUCCACAGUGCUAUAGCAUAGCCAGUCCACCCAGCUGACAGCUGCAGCCUUCCUGGGGCCCAGGAUGUGAUGACUGGGGGAGCCUGUGCAGUAUGCAGUGGCUCCCACGCUGGACAUCUCCAUUGGACAUCAUUUUCUCAGGCAGGUCUGAGGGAAAUGCAGUGAGACAAGCCUCCAGGGGAACCAAGCAGCACACUACAGAGGCGUGUGUGCUGCACUAUGUGGUGGGUUGUGACUGCACACAGGAAGGGCCUUGUCACCCCUGAGCCCUGUGGCAGUGCCAUGUCAUGGCACUGUUUACCACUGCUGACUCUUCCUCACUCCGAGAGGGCAAUGCUAAAUGUUCCAGUGGUAGAGACCUCUGCUGUGCUUGAAUGUGAGCUCUUGUAUGUUAAGUUUGCGAAGCUUGAGGUACCAUCUGCCUAUCAUGAAAGAAGAAAGAAUUUUAAUGGCCCCAGAUGUUACUACCUAUUGCAGACUCUAACACACUUCUAUGCACUGGGUGAUACGCCCUGAGAUAGUCUACCUGUUCUGGAAGCCAAGAAUGUCUAUAGUGGUAUAAAGCCUGGACAGUAAACCUAUCAGUGAGGUUACACGUGAAUCUGGUGAACUGGUGGGGCAGGAAUGUGGUGUCAUCAUGGCAGGUAUGACUAUGGUAUUCUGCUGUGCCUGUAGCUCAUCCAAUCCUCCUAGAUCCAUGCCAGGUUAAGGUCCAGUAUGAUACUAAUACAGAAGAAAACUACAGAACUGCUUGUGCCCUACUGUAACCAAGUGGUGUGACUACUGGAUGCUUUCUGCCUGUGACUGUUUUUUUAAAGAUUUAAAAAAAAAAUUGUGUGUA